AUGGGUGUCAACAUGCUAGCAAAAAUCUCUCGUUUUCAAUCUUCAGCAACGCAAUUGAAGGGAUGCCGAAGAUUUACCAUCUCCCUGCACCUUAACUCGGUGGAUUCUCCUGCUUCCGCAAUCGCAUCUUCAUUUCUCAAGCGCUUUCAAUCGCUGGGGCCUCAAAUAAGAAGCCAGAUUAUAGAUGCGAAUCAGCUUCAGCUAUUGACCCUUACAUUGAACCGCCCUUCGCUUUUCCCGACCGCACCGUCACUUGGCAACUCUGCGACAAACCUACCUGCUGGAACACCCGUCCCUCCUGGCUAUCAUCUGGUAUAUUUUACGCCAGCAUUCUUAGAAACAGAACUCGGGACUGAUGGUACUGAUGCAUCAUAUAAUCCCGACGCACCGUUUACGCGACGCAUGUGGGCGGGUGGGGAGGUGCUCUGGCCACGCAAUGCAGAUGGAAAGCCCAAUUUUUUGCGCGUGGGACAAGAGGUGCGCGAAAAAACAAAAGUUCUCAGAGCAGAGGCCAAAGUCGUGAAGAAAACUGGCGAGGACAUGAUAGUGGUGGGAGUAGAAAAAGAGGUUUCGAACGAGGAUGGUUUAUCCAUCAUUGAUAGGAGAAACUGGGUAUUUCGAAAAGCUUUGCCAGUCCCGUCAAUAGCAACAGCAUCCAACAAUUUAACCUCCACGGCUCAUACCUCGCUCCCUAAAGUGUCGACAAUCCUUAAAAAUGGAAGUAUCCACACCAGGAGCAUGGUGCUAACUCCAGUGACACUUUUCCGGUUUUCUGCCCUAACUUUCAACCCGCACAAGAUCCACUACUCUGUGCCCUGGGCACGAGAUGUUGAAGGACACAAAGAUGUUGUGGUGCACGGACCUUUGAACUUGAUUUCAAUCCUCGACUUGUGGAGAGAUGUUCAGGCUCCAAAUGAUGAUCCUACUUCAAUAGUACCAAAGCGUAUCUCAUAUCGUGCAACAAGUCCAUUGUAUGCCGGGGAUCAGUACUCUAUUGAGCUGAAGAAGAACGGUGCAGAAGGGGAUGUGCAGAUUAUUGGCCCAGGAGGCGUCGCAAUGAAAGCAGUGAUAGAGUGA